GCGCCGGGCAGUCGGUGCGGAGCGGACACAGCACAGCAGCUCUGCGUGUGAGGCCGACCAGAGCCAUCCCCCAACAUGAAGGUCUUCCUGCCCGUGCUGCUGGCCGCCCUCCUGGGCGCGGAGCAAGCCCACUCGCUGGUGUGCUUCUCCUGCACCAAUCAGCAGAGCAACUUCUACUGCCUGCGGCCCACCGUGUGCGAGGACACCGACAACUACUGCGUGACCGUGUCCGCGGCCGCCGGCAUCGGGAACGUGGUGGACCUCGGCUACAGCCUGAACAAGGGCUGCUCCCCCAUCUGCCCCGCGCCGCCCGGCAUCAACAUCGGCGUGGCCUCCGUGGGCACGCACUGCUGCCAGAGCUUCCUCUGCAACUUCAGCGCCGCCCGCGGGCUGCGGGCCAGCUCCGCCCUGCUGGGCCUCGGGCUGCUGCUCAGCCUGCUGGCCCUGCUGCGGCCCGGCCCCUGACCCCUGACCCCUGACCCCGGCCCCGGCCCCGCCCGG